GUUGUCGCACUGCUAGCACAUAUUUUAUCCCAGUCACCUCUUUGGCUUUCUUCUUAUGACCGAGGGCAUCAAAGCAAGAUGGCCACCUUAACUCCCGUCCCUGUGACACUGCCUAAAGACAAAGCACCGACUAAAAAGAACGUCAGGGACAUUAUCGGCACCUUUCUGACGAAAGAAUGGCCGUCCGUAGAUCCAGAGACCUUGACCGUGUCAUACCAUGCGUCGUUUGCCAACGCUCACUGUCCUGUAGAGCGACCGAGGCCCGCUGCGGGCACAUUAACUGAGCCCUUGAAGGUGUUCAUCAAAUUUCAUAAUGACACCGGGGGGAGCCUCGAAAUCUUCGAGCCCCUGGCACCAACAAAGCAUGAGGAAGCACUUCUCUGCUACGAGUACGGUCGAACCGGACUAGGAGCCAAAGUCUAUGGAUUUUUCAAGACGCAGGAUGGCACACUUGGAAGAAUCGAUGAGUUCCUGGAUGCACGUAACCUGGAACCGGAAGACGUUGAGGAUUCGGUCAUCAGAGCGGAUGUUGCUAAAGCACUGGCAGCGUUUCAUGUCUUGAACAUGUCACUGGAGAAAAAGGCAGUGGAAUCCUACUAUGAAGCUGUCAUCACUGGACUCAGGAAGUACCACAAGAUGGACAAGUUGAAGGCGCUUGGGAAAGAAGGAGGUGUCACUAUCGACCAACUAGUUGACUACGACUUUGGGAGGCGGCUGAGAAAUGUGACGGGCAAGCUGGAAUCUAUAGGAGGAAAGACAGGUUGGUGUAUUCAUGACAUCCAAUUCAUGAACGUCAUGGUGAAAACUGAUCCGAAGGAAGGGGAGAGCAAGGUUACCCUGAUUGACUUCGAGUUUGUCAUGCAGAACUACCGAGCAUUUGAUAUCGGUGGGCACUUCAUGCAAAAGAUGUUCAAAUGGUUUGAUGAGGAGAGCAGGAUAGCAGCGUGCAGGAAGUACACAGAGGAGGAGAAGAGACACUUCUGUGGCGAAUAUGCCAGACAGUGGAACGAAGCAACAGGUGAUUCAGAUACCGGGGAUCAGGUGUUCCUGGAAUCGGAAUACGGAUACUUGUUGGCUAUCACUUUUGACAUCCAUAAUAUGCUUUGCUUCAUGGAUGAACAAGAUGACAAGGAUCCAUUGAACCUAUUUGGGCUGAACAAGCUAUUCGAGGAGUUUGUGGAUCAGUAUGCCAAGCUGAAUUUAGAAGAUGCAUGAGAAAAUGGAGGGCAUGGGCUAUCUUCUAUUUUUCUGGUUACUUAUGCCAUUUCUUACAUAUUCUGUUUAUUGCGGAUCGAAUCCCUGACUCGACAGAUCCCGGGCCGUGUUGAGACGUUGAUUAUAGAGAACUAGAACCUUAGUAAACUUUGAAAGCACCAAGUAUUUUCAUGGAUAGAGGUCUUAGAUAGGUCUUAAUCGCUUCAUAAUCAGG